CAUUUUAGUUCGGACAGUUACCUUGUCUGAAACCUUAAGCGUAUUCCUCGCCUUCGACUCGUUCUUACCGUGUGAACACUCUCUGAGUGCCACAUAUUUUCAACUGCUAUAAAAUCUAAAAUCUAUUCCUACGCUAUAGUCGUUGUCGAGGAGGCCUGAUCACCCUCCAGAAACCUGACUCUUGUACACCCCCGGAAAGAAAAACCUUCGAUAUCGAUACCUGUUAAAAAUGCCUACCCGCGCACCAGGCAAUGCUUCUCCACUCUCUUCGACGAGGUUGAGGGCUCAGAGUGUUGAUGCUCGCGCUUCAGGGCUUGGAGCCCAAAGCACCGAGUCUCGAGACAAUACCCCUGUCUCUGGAGACAAUGGGACCGGCCGCCACCCGGCAGAGCCUCCCACUAGACUAGGUCCUCGUGACCUGAACCCAAUGGAUCUAGAUCCACCCAAGGCAUUGAAUGCUGCGUCCAGCCCCGCCCUUAGUAAAAAUUUGAAUAAUGAUGAUAUUCCCCGCCUAAGGGAAGUGUUCGACUGGUCAGACUCGUGUGACAAUGGAGAUCUGGGUGACGUACCCGAGUACCCAGUCCUCACUCCCAGUCCGAUCCCAGCAGAGACAAGCUUCAAGCCGGAUGAGCCCCCCCGAGAGAAGGGAAAGGAAGUAGACCCGCUAGAGAAAAGCGGGUCCCAAAAAAAAGAGCUAUUCAAAGACUGGUUAGGUGAAUGGACCGACUUUGAUGAAAACAUGGCUGAAUUGAACCGACCUGGGUCUGAUGACUCGGAUGAAUCUCUUGUGAAGAUGUGGGACGAUGAAAAUCGUCGAGGAUUCAUCCAAGUGCAGAACUUAGCCCUACAACGAUUCCGAAAGAUCACCAGAGAAGAGUUCACUGACAAAUGUAAUAAGGUGAAUGACCUACAAGAGAGGGUGCACGAACUCGAGAAGCUAGUCAUCCAGGCCCAGACCCGGGAAGAGAUGGCACAAAGACUAAUGGACGAGACUCACCGUGCUCCAACCAUUAAUGGACUCGCAACCCCCAAUGAGAAUCAAGGAAGUGAAACGUCUAACAGACGCCAGGCUGGUGAUGGUAACCGUGAGAGUACCCCCGCAGUCAAAACCGAUGACCCACCAAGCAUAACAAAAUCACAAACUAGUGGAGCGUCAAAGAGUGACACUAGAUACUGGCGGGCAUCGUCCCUGUUACUAAGCAAAAGCUCGGUCAAACGAGCUAUCGUCGGGAGUGACCCCAGUGACCCAGAUUCCUCUGAUUCAUCCUCCGAGUCGGAGGACGACGGUGAACAAUCGUCCACCGAAUCUUCCGACGAUGAGCCAAGGAGAAAACCAGCCCAGAAAACCAAGGAAAAGAUAAGGGUCACUACUGGACUAGGAGCUGAUGAGGACUCACCAGAUGACCUUAACGCGAUGCUCCUCGCCAUGGAACCUGAGUCUGACCAUGAUAGCGACUCGAUAGAGACGAAACGCCUGAAACGGGCGGCACGACACAAACAUCGAGCACAACUGAACCUGCUAAAGUAUCAGCAGGGAUUCCUAAAGCACAAGCCUCCAUUCACUUACAAUGCUGCCCUCAGCGAAGGCACUGCUCAAGGCCUAUACGGCUUUGCUAUAGGUCUGUCCACUGAAAAUGAUGUGGACCAGCUGCCAGAAUUAGAGGCUGCCAAGCAUCUGGUGGUAACUGAAAGAGCGUUAUCCAUGCUAAGAAUGGCCGUCCCACUGCCUACAGAUGAGAGUCAUGACCUGCUAUAUGACCCUUUGGCACCUGAUUGUUUCCAGCUGACCAACUGGGGAGGACAUGAGACCUACCUCUUGUCCGAUAAGCACAACUAUGAUGACUACAUAAUCUACUACUCACAGUUGUGUGACCCAGCGUUCGACAUAGUCCCCUGGCUGACCGACCUGAAGCUGCGAAACUACGACGACCUAAUCAAGACCAAGUUGUCAUUCAGACCUACCUGGUUUGGCAAUGCCAUCCCAGAAGGAAUGACACACUCUGGAGGAGACCCAUAUGCUGACCUGUAUGACGUUUCCUCCGACUCAGGAAAUGGGGAAAUCAGUUGUGAGUCCUGUGAUGAAUGGGUCACUACAGAUGAGGAAGGCAGGGAAAUGGUACUCACCGACUCUGAGGUAGACCUUCCCUCGCCUAGAUUCGCAGUCAUUGAAGAUGAUGAAGAUGUACCUGAUCUUCUCAGUUGUGAAUCAAGUGACGAGGAAAGUCCUGUUGAAACAACGUCAGGCAGCCAGACCAAAGUCCUCGGUCCAUAUCCUGCCCAAGUCGAUUACUCCGGGUUGUUAAUGGACUUCGUAUCUAGCACUGUGGUUGACCAAUUAAAAUUGGAAUUUGAGCUACUACAGAAACCAAUACCUCUGCAGCUUGCUGUCUCGGGCUCCAGGAGCACUGUGAAGGCAACGAUGAACGUUGAGCUGACUUAUCAAGACAUCAAGUGCGUACAUACCUUUGAUAUUGCAAACCUCGAAUCCUACGAUGUGAUACUGGGUAUGCCCUUCCUAUACCAGCACCAGGUGCUCCUGGGGUUCAACCCACCUGAGAUAAAGAUACGGAGCAUCGACCCUCUCCCUAUCUGCGGCUCGCAGACUCAGAUCCUUGAGCUGCGAGAAACGAGUCUGUCCACUGACAUGAUCGAUGCGUACUCUAAUGAACUUUGUGAUUAUGCCCAAGAUAUCUGUAAGGAGGCAGUUGAGACACCCUUACCUCCUCUCUGA